CCAGCACGCACUACCUCUACCACUUCAUCUCUGCAUAGUCCGGCAUCCUCUAGACCAUCUUAGACCGCCAUCAUGCGUCUCUCGUUCGCCAUCCUCUUCAGCCUCCUUCCGGCCAUCCUUGCCACUCCUAUCCAUCACCAGGCCGGUCUUGCUCCUCUCAGCGUCGAGGGCAAGACGAUUGACAACUCGUACAUCAUCGUCUUUAAGAAGGACGUUACCCCUGACAAGGUCGCUCUUCACCUCAACGCCGUCCAGUCGCUUCAGUCCGCUCAUCCUCUUGUUGGCGGCGAUGACGGCGUGACCCAGGUCUGGGCUCCCCAGAAGAUGGGCGGCUUCGUUGGCUAUGCUGGCAAGUUCUCCGAUGAUGCCCUCAACGAAAUCCGCCGGUCGCCCGAGGUUGCUUACGUGGAGAUGGACCAGAUUGUCCACACCACUGACGACAUCUAUGGUGUCGACGAGCCUUUCCUUGGCUCGGACAUUGACACCCAGAAGGGUGCUCCUUGGGGUCUCGCCCGUAUCUCGCACCGCAACCGCUUGACGUUCGGCACCUUCAACAAGUACGAGUUUGACAAGCACGGCGGUGACGGCGUUACUGCGUACGUUAUCGACACUGGUGUCAACAUCAAACACGUUGAGUUUGAGGGCCGUGCCCGUUGGGGCAAGACAAUUCCUCGCAAUGACGAGGACAUUGACGGCAACGGCCACGGCACUCACUGCGCCGGCACCGUCGCCUCGGGCAAGUACGGUGUAGCCAAGAAAGCCGAGAUCGUAGCCGUCAAGGUCCUCGGCUCGAAUGGUUCUGGCACCAUGGCCGACGUUGUCUCCGGUGUUGUCUGGGCUGCGGAAGACGCGGCCAAGAACGCCGCCGCUGCUGCGCGUGAGCUCGCCCUCACCGGCAAGACCAAGUUCAAGGGCUCGGUCGCCAACAUGUCGCUGGGUGGUGGCAAGGCGCGUUCGCUUGACGAGGCUGUCGACGCUGCCGUUGAGUCUGGCCUCCACUUUGCCGUCGCAGCCGGCAACGACAACAAGGACGCGUGUGACUUCUCACCCGCUGCCUCUGAGGGCGCCGUCACCGUUGGUGCGUCGACCAUCACCGACCAGCGCGCCUACUUCUCCAACCACGGCAAGUGUGUCGACAUCUUCGCGCCCGGCCUCAACAUUCUCUCGACCUGGACUGGCGGCCCUGACGCUGUCAACACCAUCUCGGGCACGUCGAUGGCCUCGCCCCACAUCUGUGGUAUGCUCGCGUAUCUUCUCUCGAUUGAGGGUUCGGACACGUUCACAAUGCUCGCCGGACCCGAGGAGCCUGAGGAGCUCGUCGAGGCGCCCGAGUCCAUCUACGGCGAAGCGUACAAGCUUCUCCCCGAGUGGGCGCAGACGUUCCUUCCCGAGCCCGAGAACGAAGACGUGAUCGAGCUUACGCGCUCCUCCAAUCUCGGGUCCAAGGUCACGCCCAAGCGCCUCAAGAAGGCUCUCAUUGCACUCGCCACCCCCGGCAAACUCAGCGACCUCCCCUCGGGCACUGUUAACCUUCUCGCCUUCAACAACGCCACCAGCUCGUAAGCCUGAAGAAUCGUCGGAAGCAAGUAGUCAAUAGUGUUGUUCACACGGUCCCGCCGGUGCACCAUGAUGUACAGAUAUGCAGAAUGAUAAGAGUGA